AUGCCGCUAUCAACGUCAAUCUCGAUGACCCUUGCCAGAUGUAAAGAGCCAUUCGUUAUUGUUGCACUUGUCGGCUCUUCGAACUCGAAUUUCGGGUUUGAGACUGUGCAUCUGGAGGAUAGAACCCUUUCUUUCGCUCUGCAGCAGAGUACCAAGGCUCUUGCUUCUCUGCGUCAGAGUAUGGUAAUGGAAAAUGCCUAUACAAGUAGCAGCGCGCGCAUAGAGGCCGGUCUUGUGACGUGUGUUAUGCUGGUAUCACUGGCUCUCUUCCAGUGCGAUAUCAAGACCACUAUCUCGCACCUGCAAUCAGGUUAUGGCGUACUUAUGCAAUGGCGGAAGGCUAAUUUCAAUGGAAAUACCUCUGGUCAUAUCAUUGCCCGCGUUUUUCGAGAGCCGCAGCUACAUCGGUUUACAAAUCCUGCUCCGCCGCAGCUUGAGGACGUUGAGGAGAAGUUCUCGCUUUGGGAUACUGUAGAUCAAGCCAGCCUCUGUGGGGGUAUUUGGCUAUUCAGGGCGAUCUUGGAACCACGCUUGGAUCGAUCAUCUCGACAGAUUAUCCACUGGGCCUUGAACGUCGUAUGGGAUCCAAAGUGCACGGUUUGA